AUGUUCCAUUGUUUUAGAUUCCAUGAGAAGCUCCAAGCUUCUGCCCUCAGAUGUUUGUUAGCCGUAGUUUCUAAGCGAAUGGAGCCCCAAUCGAAACUGUCCUUGUUGCAAAGCCUUCAAAUUAGUCGUGUGUUUAGGUUGGUGACCGAGGAUGGCAAUGCUGACCUGGUUCCUGACAUUGCUGCGUUGCUUUCUGGGUAUGCUGUGGAGGCCUUGGAUUGCUUUAAACGUAUAAGUUCCGAGGAAGCUAAAGGAGUCUCCAUGGAGCUUUUGAAUGAAGUUCUACCAUCUGUUUUCUACAUAAUGAAGAAUUUCGAGGUUGAUGCUUCAUUUAAUAUCGUUCAGUUUCUAUCGGGUUAUGUUUCUACGUUGAAGACCCUUACCCCUUUGAGCGAGAAGCAUAUACUUCAUCUGGGGCAGAUAUUGGAAGUUAUCCUUGGUCUUAUCCGUUAUGACCCUGAGUACCGUAACAAUCUUGAUGUGAUGGACAAAAUUGGAAAAGAGGAGGAAUAUAGGAUGUCAGAGUUCAGAAAGGAUUUAUUUGUUCUACUUCGCACUGUGGGUCGAGUUGCCCCUAAUGUAACUCAAUUGUUUAUCAGAAACUCGUUAGCAAGUGCUAUUUCAAGGUCAUCAGAUAGCAAUGUGGAGGAGGUGGAAGGUGCACUUUCUCUUUUAUAUGCACUAGGAGAAUCCUUAAGCGAGGAAGCCAUAAGAACUGGAAGUGGAUUAUUGAGUGAGCUGUUGCUUAAUCUUCUUUCAACAAAGUUUCCUUGUCAUUCCAAUAGGCUAGUUGCUCUUGUUUACUUGGAGACAGUGACAAGAUACGUAAAGUUUAUUCAGGAAAAUACUCGAUGCAUUCCUGUUGUUUUGUCUCCCUUUCUUGAUGAAAGGGGCAUACAUCAUCCAAACAUUAGUGUAAGCCGCAGGGCCAGUUAUUUGUUUAUGAGGGUUGUGAAAUUGCUGAAGGUGAAGUUGGUGCCUUUCAUUGCAGUGAUUUUGCAGAGCCUACCUGAUACAGUUGCUCGGUUCACUACUACGAAUUACACAGCAGAGGAGCUAUCAGGGUCAGAAGAUGGUAGCCACAUUUUUGAGGCAAUUGGGUUAUUGAUUGGAAUGGAAGAUGUCCCACCUGAAAAGCAGUCUGAUUAUCUAUCUUCUUUGCUCAGCCCUCUCUGUCAGCAGGUUGAGGCACUGCUGAGAAAUGCUAAAUUGUUAAGUUAUGAGGAGACUAAUGCCAGAAUUGCUGUAAUCCAGCAAAUUAUCGUGGCAAUUAAUUCUCUCAGCAAGGGCUUCAGCGAGCGUCUUGUAACUGCUAGUCGCCCCGCAAUUGGAAACAUGUUUAAGCAGACAUUAGAUGUACUUCUCCAUGUUCUUGUUAUAUUUCCACGAGUAGAACUUUUGCAAAACAAGGUUACAUCAUUUAUACACCGCAUGGUGGAUACAUUAGGCGCAUCUGUCAUUCCUUACCUUCCAAAGGCACUUGAGCAGUUACUUGCAGAAACUGAGCCAAAGCAAAUGGCUGGUUUUCUUUUGUUGCUCAAUCAACUUAUCUGCAAGUUCAAUAUUUUGGUGCGUGACAUUUUGGAGGAAAUAUUUCCAUCUGUCGCUGAUCGGAUAUUUAGUGUUAUUCCAAGGGAGGGAUUGCCUUCAGGUCUUGAUACAGUCACUGAGGAAAUUCGUGAAUUGCAAGAACUUCAGCGAACAUUGUAUACAUUUCUUCAUGUGAUUGCUACACAUGAUUUGUCAACUGUAUUUAUUUCCCCAAAAUGUAAAGCAUACCUGGAUCCAGUGAUGCAAUUGCUUUUUUACUCUUCGUGUAAUCAUAAGGAUGUUCUUAUAAGAAAGGCAUGCGUGCAGAUUUUUAUUAGAUUAACUAAAGAUUGGUGUGCCCAGCCAUAUGAAGAAAAGGUUCCUGGUUUCCGGAGUUUUGUGAUCGAAACGUUUGCUACAAACUGCUGUUUGUACAGUGUGCUGGACAGAUCUUUUGAUUUCCGUGAUGCAAAUACUCUUGUUUUGUUUGGAGAAAUUGUGGUCGCGCAGAAGGUCAUGUAUGACAAAUUCAGGGAUGAUUUUCUCAUUCAUUUUAUAUCAAAAGGAUUUUCUGUUGCCCAUUGCCCGCCAGAUCUGGCUGAACAGUAUUGUCAAAAGUUGCAGGUGAACUUUCAAACUGAGAAAUUGUAG